AUGUGUCUCAUUUUGUACUCGGAGUGUGGCCUCUGACCAUCUUACGAGUCCUUUCUGGAGACUGGCAAGAGGAUCACAGCAGGGGACACACACACACAGAGCAAGGCUGGGGAGUUCCCGUGGCACGUGUGCAUCCAGAGCAAUGGGAGACAUAUCUGUGGAGGCACCAAAAUCAUCGCAUUGUGGAUUUUGACUGUGGCCCAUUGCUUUGCAGAAGAGCUGCAAACAGAUCUCACUGUUGUGGUAGGAGGAACUGGCCUCAAUGUCACGCUCGAAGAACAUAAGCCAGACAGACUGAUCCUUCACGAAAACUUUCACAGAAUAAGCAUGCAAAAUGAUAUUGCUCUGAUCCCGCUCUGCUCUCCCAUGGAGUUCAGCAAUGAGAAAAUCCCCAUCUGCUUGCCCUUCAUAUGUGGCAUCAAUACGUGGCAACACUGCCAGGUUGCUGGUUGGGAAACCACCAGUCAGGAGAUGUAUUUGGUAACGGAAGCUGCAUCCCACGUGCUGCAGAAAGCACAGUUGAAGCUCGUCAGCAGGGAGCAGCGCUUGGAGCAGAUCCCUCAGCUAGAGGAGAACGUGCUGUGGGCUGAGCUGGAGAAAGCAGAAAAAGGCACCUGCCAGCAAGAGAGGCAGGAGAUCUGCAAGAGAAACUACAAGUGGAAAGGAGGCAAGGGGUUCCAGCGUUACUUUGUGUGGCUGGUGAGUGAAGCUGUGGGGCGCAGAACAUCUCUGGAUCAGCCGAACUCAAAACCUACGGUGUGCUUGCCCUCUGAGUGGGGGAACGGGUGUGAUGACUCAGAGGAGCGGCUUCUCAUUCAGUUACACCUAGGAGAUGUUCAUUCAUUCAAACAGGAUGCCAUCGCCAAGGACACUGGUAACGCACAGACCCAAGGUCAGUCCAAGGUUGUGUUCGGAGAUGGCACGCAGAAGUCACACAGGCAACUGGAUGUGCUCUUGGUUUUCAAGCUACAGCAGCCAACAGGAGGACAUUCCUCUUCGCAGGGUGGCUGCAAUGUGCGUUUGAAGGCUUGCACACGCUGGCAAUUAGAUUACUCCAGAGAAGAUUUUUCAAAACACAGUAAAAGUCAGAACUACCGCCUCAUUCUUCUUGUGCUGCUGACCCAUAUAGUCAUGUUGCAGAUGAACCGGCUCCAUCUCACUGAUGUGGACACAGACAUCAAAACGAGAUGCCACAACGAGACAGGAGAGUGA